CAAAAGAGAAGAAGAUUGAAGAAGAAAGAAAAAGUCUAGAAGAGACCAAAGCCAAAAUCAUUGAGAUGAAGACUAAAGCUGAACUGGAAGAAAUCAUGAAAGAAAAAGAGAAAGAAGAGGAAAAGGAAAUACGAGUAAAAGCAGAGAUGGAGAGCAAAGAACUUGAUCAGAUAAAGAGUGAACUUGAACGAGUGAGAUCUGAAAUAGAUCAUGAGCAGAAGAAACUAAAUGAUGACAAGAAGAUAACUGAGCAGGAAAAAGAAGACCUGGAGAAGAUGAAGUCUGAAAUAAUGACACAAAGACAGCAAAUGGAAGAAGAGAGAUCAGAACUUGACAACAAGAUACAACAGACAGAUCUGGAAAAACGUGACAUUGAGAACAGCAAAGAAAUAGUUCAGAAUUUAAUGGUUGAGAUGGAGAAACAGAGGCAUGAUAUUCAACACCAGAAAGAAGAACUUGACAUUGAAAGCCAGAUUCUGGUUCAAAACAAGGCUGAACUGCAAAAUGAAAAUGAACGAAUCAAAGAAAUGGAUGAGGAAAUAAAGAAAGAGCGAGAAACACUGAAGGAAAUGAAAGGUUAUCUACAAAAGAACAAAGAAGAAAUGAGGAGCGUCAUUGAAGAAACACAAAGACAAAAAGAAGAUCUGGAGAAGAUGAGCACAGACAUAAGAGAACAAAACCAAGACCUGAUGAGCCAAAGAGACCUUCUAGAUCAAGAAAAAGAAGAAAUAAAGCAUAAAUGGAAACAGUUACAAGAGAGGAUUGAUGAAUUUGAGACCACAAGGAACAUUCUUGUGACAACCAAAAUGAAAGAAAUAACAGAAAUGGAUGAAAAACUUAAACAGGCUAUCAAGGAAUAUGAAAGCACCAUAGAAGAAACAAACAGGAGAAGAACUGAGCUAGAAGAUUUUGAAGUUGAUCAAUCACAACAAAAUAAAAACAUUGAGAUCAUGAAAGAUCUUUUGGAGAAGGAGAGAAAAGACACUGAAAAGAAAAGAGAAGAGUUACAGAAACAAGCUGAUGAUCUGGAGAUGCAAAUGUUAGAGCACAGACAAAAAGAGGAGAUGAGUAAAAGAUCACUGGAUGAAGAAAAUAAGCUUCUAGAGCAGAAGGCUGAUGAAAUUCUGAGACAGAGAGAUGACUUGGAAAAAGAAAAAGAGGACACGAUGAAGAAACUGAAUGAGUUGGCUGUUCUUCAGAAGGAAAUACAAAACCAAAAGAAUGAAAUGGAAGAAAUCAAAUAUGAGUUACAAAUGGCAAGGACUGAAAUGAAUAAAGAACAGAAACAACUGGAGGAGAGUUUAAGCACCGUGAAUGAGGAGAGAAAAUAUCUGGAGAACAUGAGGACUGACUAUGAAAAACACAAGCAACAAAUAGAAGAGAUGAGAGUAAAAACAAAGAUGGAGAGAGAAGAACUUGACCAUAUGAUGGCCAAGAUGCUAAUGGACCAAAAAGAAAAUGAAAGGAACAAGGACAUGAUAGGACUCCUAAAGAAGGAAAUGGAGCAAACUAAACUCAUUCUGGAUGCUCAAGAGGAGGAACUGAAACUGGAAAAGCAAAAACUACAAAAUGAGAAGAAAGAUCUGGAGAUGUUCAAGGCUGAAAUCAAAAGAUUGAAAGAGCAGCAAUUAGAAAAAGACACAAAAUCCUUUGAAGAGGCACAUCUACCUGGACAAUUUGUUCAACAGAAGGGAGGAGAAUUGGAACAGAUACAAAUAGAUGAAGUCAACAAAAUUUUGUCUGAAAUUCACAAGGAAAAGAAGGAACUUGAAAGAAACAAACAAAUAUUUGAACAUCAGAGAGAAGCACUGGAGGAGAUUACAAGUAAACAACCAUCAGAAAGGCUGGAUGUAAUUUUGGUUAGUUCUGCUACACAAACAUCUGAUUUAGAUGACAUACCUGUAGUUUCAGCCCAUAAGGGAGAGACAAUUGAGAAACACACAGCCAUUAUUAAGGAAUAUACAACUUCCAAAACAAAGGAGAAAUAUGAGCUGGAUAAAUUGAAGCAACAGGGAGACAAAAAGCUCAAAAUAACAAGUGAAGAUACCAAAAUGGCAGACACUGAACUGACAACACAAUAUAAAUAUAUUCCAGUUCCAUCCAUUAUGAUGAAGCUGGAGUCUGGUAAAGAUGAAACUGAUGGCCUUACUGAAGUGCAUAUGACAGAGAGAAGGGAACUAGAAAAGACAAAACUUGUUUUACAGAGCGAGCAGCAAGAGAUCGAGAAAAUGAGACAAGACAUUGACAGAGAGAAAAAUGAUCUGGAGAAAUACAGAGCUGAUCUGGAGAAACGGUGUGAAGAGAUGGAAAUAUGCAAACAGAAUAUCGAAAAUGAAAAAGCUGAGCUAGAAAUGGAGUUGGAAAACAUCAUAAUGGAGACCAAGAGCAAACAGGAGAGACUAGAAAACAUAGAAGUCCAACUUCAAGAAAAGAAUGGACAAAUGGGAACCAUCUUAGAUGAGUUGAAUCAGAGACAAGAGGAGCUAGAUGUCAUACGGGCAAAGAUAACAAGAAAGAAAGAACUCAUGGGGGACACAGAAGAAUUGGAGAAAGAUGAGUUUGUAGCCAUACUUCAAGAAAGAGAGGAGACUGUAAAAAGACACAUGGAUGAAAUACAGAACCAAAGGGAGGAAUUACAGAAAGAGAGAGAUCAAGUUGGAAAUAUGCAAGCUGGGCUCCAGAAGGAACAGCUGGAAAUGGAGAUGCAUCAGGUAAUGCUGAAUUCAGAAAGAGAUGAGCUGAAUGGAAUGAAAGUCAAUCUGGAAAAACAAAGGGAGGAGUUUGAGCUCAUGCAACAGAAUCUGGAAUCCAGAAGACCAGAGAGGAUAGAGGAUAUCCUCAAAGAAAAGGAAAGGGUAGAAGAAAUGGCAGCCCAACUUUCGAAAGAACAGGAAGAGUUUAGAAAUAUAAUGUCUGAGACAAAUAAAUGGAUGGAGAAUAUCAAACAAAUCGAGACAGGAAUUAAAACUAAACAAAUGGAGAUGGCAUAUGUGGAGGAGCUCAAACAAAAAGAGCUAGAUGAGCUCAAGUUGAGGAGAGCGGAAAUGGCGAAAAUGAAGACUGAAUUUGACAUUGAAAGAAGUGAAAUUCAGAGAAAGCAGUAUGAGAAAGAAAAAUGGGAACUGGAGCAAAUUAAACCAGGCCUGCAAAAACAAGAACCUGAGAAAACUGAUGCAGAAGUCCAAUAUGAUGAAAUCCAUGGUGGUAUAGACUCUUUGAAAGAAGAGAGAGAAGAAAUCGAAAAGAUGAAAGCUGACUUACAGAAUAAACUGAGAGAAGCUGAAAACAUGAGGGAGGUUAUGAAAAGAGAAAAGGACGAGUUGGAAAAGAAAGAAGCUGAAAUACAGCAGAUGACUGUAGAAACAGGGGACAAGGACAGUGACAAAGAUUUACAAGAUGAAAUGAUGAAGAUUGAAGCAAUUCUCAAAGAAACCAAAAAACAGAAAAAUGAAUUGGAGCAAAUGAAUGAGAAUUUGAGCAGGGAGAUAACAGAGCUGGAAACCAAUUGUCAGAUACUAGAAAGAGAAAAGACCGACCUGAACAAGAAGUUAAAGGAAACAGAAGAGUUUCACAUGUCCAAAAUGGAGGAGAGAGAGGCGGAAUGGAAAACUUUGGAAAGAGCGAAGGAUGAGAUGGCUGAAGAGCAUGGAAAAAUAAAAAAAGAAAGAGAGGAGCUGGUGAAUAUGGAAGAAGAAAUUAAAAAGCAGAGAGGAGUCCUAGAAGAAAGGAUGAAUGAGGUGACAAUGAAGAAAAGUGAACUAGAACAUGAGAGGUCUGAAUUAUACAAACAAAGACAGCAACUGGAAGACAUGAUAGCUUCAGAAAGUAAGUGGGAUGUAGACGCUGAAAGGUCCAGACAGGAUAAAGAGGACGAACAAAUAUUGAAAAAUGAGAGAGAAGAGUUUGCAGAUAUGAAAGAUCAAUUGCUGAAAGAGAAAGAGGACAUUGAAACCACUAAAGAAAGAAUUAACAGAGAUAAGGAACAUAUUGAAAAGAUGCAAAGCCAAUUAAAUGACCAAAAAGAAGAAAUGGAGCUUGAAAAUCAGAAAUUAUUAGAUAUGAAGACUGAGAUUCAAGACAAAACAAAUGCUCUUGAGAAAAUGAUGCAGGAUGUACAAAAAGAGAGGGAGAAUGUAAAUGCUUUAGUGAUUCAACAAGAAAAAGAAAGAGAACAGAUGAAUAUACUAAUAGAAGAAAACAAGCAAAAAGAGAAGCAUGCAGAAGCUGAGAUUCAAAGACAGCUUGAGGACAUAGAAAGUGUGAAAGUCAGGUUGGUGACAGAGAGCAAUCAAAUUGAUAAGAUUAAUUCAGAAAUAAGGAUUAGAAGUGAAGAACUAGAGAAUCUAAUCAAAAAACAGCAAGAAGAAUUUGAAUCCAAAGAGAAUGAAAUGCAAAGAGAACAAAAGGCUUUGGAAAAGAUGAAUGCUGAGCUAGAAAGGAAAUCCACCGAACUGAACAACAAGAAUGAGAAAGUAGCAGUCUGGGAAGCAGAUAUACAGAACGAGAAAGACAAGACAGAAGAGCUAAAGAACAUCUUAGAAAGAGAGAAAAGUGAACUUUACCAUGAGAAAUCUCAAAUGCAACAACAAAAACAUGAGAUGGAAACCAUUCGGAAAACCAUGAAGUGUGAUAUGGAAAACCUGGAGUAUUUAAGAAAUGAACUUGAGGAUGAGAAGAAACGCAUGCUGGAUAGACUGUCAAUGGAAAAACAUGAAAUAGAUCAAUUAAAAACAGAGAUACUGUCAGAUAAGGAGAGUGUUGAAGAGGACAAGAAGAUGGUAAAGCAGUUGAUGGAUGAAACUGAGUGUAAAAGAACUCAAUUGGACAACAACAUAGAGAACAUAAACAUGGAUAAAGUAAACAUUCAAAGAGAAAAAGUCUCCCUGGAGGAGAUCAAGGCUGAUUUACAAAGAAAGGCUGAAAAACUUGAUGAGGAAAUGAGGAAAGCAGUGCAAAUCACUUCUCAAAUCAGUCAGAAGAAUGCAAAGAGUUCGGACGAUGACAGAGAAAAGGAAGAAGAGCUAAGAUCCAGGCGUGCUGAUAUUGAAAGAAAGGCUAAUAUUCUGAAAUCUGAUGUACAGCUACUUCAGACAGAAAAAGAGAUCUUGGAAAAGAGCAAAGCAGAGAAUGACCUGCUAAGAGAAGAUCUGGAAAAACAAAGAGAAAGAAAUGACUUAACUAUGCAAGAACUGCACAAAGAGAAAAUGAUACUGGAGCAGAUGAUUACUGACAUAACACAGGAGAAAGAUGCAGUAGCAAACAUGCAGAAUGAAGUAAAACUUAAACAACAUGAGCUGAAAAACAAAGAAAUAGAACUCGAUGAGCAAAGAAAAGAUAUGGAUGACCUGAGAAUGCAUCUGGAAAUGAGGCAAAAUGCUAUAAAUCAACAGCAGCAGGAGGUUGAUAUCUUGAUUGUUGAAAACAUGAAAAUGAGAAAUGAUCUAGAGAGCAUGAAAACCCUUCUGCAUGAAGAAAGACGACAGCUGCAAGAAAACAUAAAAACGUUUGAAGACCAGAAGGAUGUUCUUCAUCCAAGCAAGACUGAUGCAGUGCAACAGACCGAUGAGCUUGAGAAAAUCACAACAGAUAUAAAGACGGAAAAGGAGCAUGUUGGAAAGGAAAGAGAAGAGAUUGGUGUUUUGAACAGGGAAAUAAUUAAAAGCAAAGAGGAACUCCGAAGCUUGAAUCUUGAGGUUGAAAUGUUCAAGCAGGAAAUAGCAGGGAAAAGAGCUCAGAUUGAAAGUCUUGAACAAAUAAGAGCAGAUUUACUUGCAGGAGCUGAUGACAUUAAAACAGUGUUGCUGACAGAGGACACUGAAGAAGCUGAACUGCAGAUUAAUCUUCAGAAACAGAAGAAUGAAUUAGAUGAACUGAGGAAUACAAUUGAGGCAGAAAAACAUCAGGUUGAAAACAGAAAGAUCAUUUUAGAGCAGCAACAGAAGGAGGUGGAAGACAUCAUGACGGUCAUCAAAAGUGAAAGAGAUGUACUUGAGAAAGAAAAGUCUGAAUUGAACAAACUCCGCUAUAUCCUCAAUGAAAAUGUACAGAGAGAACGAGAAGAGCUUUACACGCUCCUUGAGAAGGAAAGAGAUGACAUUGAAAUCAGCAAAAAGAUCAUUGAGAGUGAAAAACAGGGUAUUGAAAAAAAGAGAGCUGAAUUAAAGAGAAUAAAGGAGGAGGUUGAACUGCAGCAUGAGAGAAUUUUGCUGCAACAAGAUGAAAACAUGAUACAGAAAGAAAAAGAGCAACUGGAAGGCAUUAGAGAAGAAAAAGCAAGAACAAUGGGGCACAUGCAUAACCUCAAGGAGGAAAUAAAGAGAAAAUUAUCUGAAUUGGGCAUGAUAAACAAAGAGAUUGAAACAAAAAGACAAAAGGAAGAACUACAUGGCUUACCAGAAAAGAUGGAGGUAGAUGACCACUCAAAGAAGGAUGAUGAUGUCCUGAGAGAGGAAACACUGAAGAAACAAAAAACAGAUGCUUCUCAGAAGUUUAAGCUGAAAACCACCUCAAGAGAUGCUGAAACACAAACAUCUUUAGUUGACAUUCCAAAAACAGAUGAUAGAAGACAAAGAGCCUUAAAAGAAACAGUUGCAACAACAGCAAAACAACCCACUGUGAUAAAGUUAGACGACACACUUACAUUAGAAGUCCAAGAAAAAAGGGACUGUUUAAACAAUGAAAUUAAAGACCUGGAGAGAAUAAAGACAAUGAUGGAAAUGGAGAAAGAUCAACUGGAACAAGCAAAAUCUGACAUUCAAAAGCAAAUAGAGGAUUUUGAAAUAAAUAUGGAGGACGGCUUGAAGGAGAAGUCAAGAAAUGAAGAAAAGCUGCUACAACUUACACAUGAGAAGGAGGAUUUAUCAAACACAAUUGAUGAGAAAAAUAAAGAAAUAGAGAACAUCACAGAAACAUUCAUGAGAAACAUGGCACAACUGGAAACAACUAUAGCCAUGAAGGAAAACACUGAUAAUGAGUUACUUCAGCUGAAACAAAUUGAACAGGAGAGAGAAAAAAUCCAAAAAGAGACAGAUGAUACCUCCACUGAAAGAGAAAAACAUGCUGAAAAAGUCACAUACAAAGCAGCACUGGAAGACAGCAAAGAGAAGAAAAAGCCAGACAGAGACAGCAGCCUGGAGCUGACUGACUCUGAUAGACCCAAAACAGAUGGAGUAACCUUGGAAGCUGAAGCCCAAGAAGUUCUCCAGAUAACAGAUGACAGGACACAAGAACAAGAAGAGCUACACGAUGAAAUGGAGAAUAAAAUGAAGAUCAUUCUUGAACUGAAUGAGGCAAAGCAAGACCUGCAAAAACUGAAGGAGGAAUGCAGAAGUGCUGAAGAAGAAAAGUCAGUGAUCAUUGAGAGCCUCGAGAGGAGAAGGAACAGCCUAGAAAAGGUUCAAUCUGAAGUUCUGACACUGACACAAGAGAUUGAGUGUCUUUCACAGAUCAAGACUGAAAUGCAACAAAUUGAGACCAAAAGGCAAAGACAGACAGCAAGGAGUGUGGCGACUCAAUGGGAAACUGAUAUUCAGAUUCAACAAGAAGGCCAAGAAGUAACAGAGACAACAGGAUAUAUUCCAAAGGAAUUAGAAGAAACAACUUCUAAAAAGACAAAACAACCAACUGUGACAAAGUUAGAGGAUAAACUCACAUCAGAAGUCCAAGAAAUGCAAGACAGUUUAAAUAAAGAAAUGGAUGAUGUGGCGAGAAUGAAGACAAUGGUAAAAAUGGAGAAAGACCAACUGGAACAAGCAAAAUCUGACCUUCAAAAGCAGAUGGAGGACUUUGGGAGAAAUAUGGAGGAAGCCAUGAAGGAGAAGUCAAGAAACGAUGAAAAGCUGCUGCAACUUACACAUGACAAAGAGGACUUAUCAAACACCCUUGAUGAGAAAAAUAAAGAAAUAGAGAACAUCACAGAAACAUUCAUGAGAAACAUGGCACAACUGGAAACAACUAUAGCCAUGAUAAAAAAAGACAAGGAAAACACUGAUAAUGAGUUACUUCAGCUGAAACAAAUUGAACAGGAGAGAGAAAAAAUCCAAAAAGAGACAGAUGAUACCUCCACUGAAAGAGAAAAACAUGCUGAAAAAGUAACAUACAAAGCAGCACUGGAAGACAGCAAAGAGAAGAAAAAGCCAGACAGAGACAGCGGCCUGGAGCUUACUGACUCUGAUAGACCCAAAACAGAUGGAGUAACCUUGGAAGCUGAAGCCCAAGAAGUUCUCCAGAUAACAGAUGACAGGACACAAGAACAAGAAGAGCUACACGAUGAAAUGGAGAAUAAAAUGAAGAUAAUUCUUGAACUGAAUGAGGCAAAGAAAGACCUGCAAAAACUGAAGGAGGAAUGCAGAAGUGCUGAAGAAGAAAAGUCAGUGAUCAUUGAGAGCCUCGGGAGGAGAAGGAACAGCCUAGAAAAGGUUCAAUCUGAAGUUCUGACACUGACACAAGAGAUUGAGUAUCUUUCACAGAUCAAGACUGAAAUGCAACAAAUUGAGACCAAAAGGCAAAGACAGAGAGCAAGGAGUGUGGUGACUCAAUGGGAAACUGAUAUUCAGAUUCAACAAGAAGGCCAAGAAGUAACAGAGACAAUAGAAUAUAUUCCAAAGGAAUUAGAAGAAACAACUUCUAAAAAGACAAAACAACCAACUGUGACAAAGUUAGAGGAUACACACCCAUCAGAAGUCCAAGAAAUGAGAGACAGUUUAAAUAAAGAAAUGGAUGAUGUGGCGAGAAUGAAGACAAUGGUGAAAAUGGAGAAAGACCAACUGGAACAAGCAAAAUCUGACCUUCAAAAGCAGAUGGAGGACUUUGGGAGAAAUAUGGAGGAAGCCAUGAAGGAGAAGUCAAGAAACGAUGAAAAGCUGCUGCAACUUACACAUGACAAAGAGGACUUAUCAAACACCAUUGUUGAAAAAAAUAAAGAAAUAGAGAACAUCACAGAAACAUUCAAGAGAAACAUGGCACAACUGGAAACAACUAUAGCCAUGAUGAAAAAAGACAAGGAAAACACUGAUAAUGAGUUACUUCAGCUGAAACAAAUUGAACAGGAGAGAGAAAAAAUCCAAAAAGAGACAGAUGAUACCUCCACUGAAAGAGAAAAACAUGCUGAAAAAGUCACAUACAAAGCAGCACUGGAAGACAGCAAAGAGAAGAAAAAGCCAGACAGAGACAGCAGCCUGGAGCUGACUGACUCUGAUAGACCCAAAACAGAUGGAGUAACCUUGGAAGCUGAAGCCAAAGAAGUUCUCCAGAUAACAGAUGACAGGACACAAGAACAAGAAGAGCUACACGAUGGAGUGGAGAAUAAAAUGAAGAUCAUUCUUGAACUGAAUAAGGCAAAGAAAGACCUGCAAAAACUGAAGGAGGAAUGCAGAAGUACUGAAGAAGAAAAGUCAGUGAUCAUUGAGAGCCUUGAGAGGAGAAGGAACAGCCUAGAAAAGGUUCAAUCUGAAGUUCUGACACUGACACAAGAGAUUGAGCAUCUUGCACAGAUCAAGACUGAAAUGCAACAAAUUGAGACCAAAAUGCAAAGACAGACAGGAAUGAGUGUGGCGACUCAAUGGGAAACUGAUAUUCAGAUUCAACAAGAAGGCCAAGAAGUAACAGAGACAAUAGAAUAUAUUCCAAAGGGAUUAGAAGAAACAACUUCUAAAAAGACAAAACAACCAACUGUGACAAAGUUAGAGGAUACACACCCAUCAGAAGUCCAAGAAAUGAGAGACAGUUUAAAUAAAAAAAUGGAUGAUGUGGCGAGAAUGAAGACAAUGGUGAAAAUGGAGAAAGACCAACUUGAACAAGCAAAAUCUGACCUUCAAAGGCAGAUGGAGGACUUUGGAAGAAAUAUGGAGGAAGCCAUAAAGGAGAAGUCAAGAAACGAAGAAAAGCUGCUGCAACUUACACAUGACAAAGAGGAUUUAUCAAACACCCUUGAUGAGAAAAAUGCAGAAAUAGACGGCAUCAUUGAAUCAUUCAUGAAGAAGAUGGCACAACUGGAAACAACAAUAGCCAUAAUGGGAAAAGACAAAGAAAACAUUAAAAAUGAGUUACUACAGCAGAAAGAAAGUGAUAUUCAGAUCCAACAAGAAGACAAAGCAGUAUAUCCUACAGUAUUCAGUCAAGAACCUACAGAAGAUGGCAAGCAGAGGAGAAGCCAAGAGACACAAACAGAAGAAGACCAGGAAAAAGAUGCGCUACCACAGUAUGGAGAAAUAGCAGCAAUGAAAAGGAGAAUACUGGAAAUGAAAGAAGAGCUAAAAAGCAAAUUACAAGACAUCAAGAGAAAGGAAAUGGAAAGACUUGGCAUGCAAAGAGAAAAAAUCGAGUUGGAGCUACGGAAAGCUGAAAUCGAAAGAUACAACGAAGCACUCCAGCGAGAAAGAGAAACCGACAGACUCAAACUCAUGGAAAAAGAGAAGGAAAUACUUCUUCUGAGGGAGUAUAUGAUGGUUGAGAUCAAUCAACUGAGGAGCACAGAGACAGAAGGAACAAGUCCUCAGCAUUUGGAGAUGAUGGAACGCCUCAUCAGUGAUGCAGCAGUAAGAAUGAACCAGUUCAGAAGGGUUACGGACAGAGCCGUGCAAACACUGAUUUUGGAACAUGAUGAAGAACAGUUUGGAAGAGCUCAGGGAGGGUCAAGUGAACAAGUGCAAAGUGUCAGUGGAAGGGCGGAGAUUGAUCUGGAUGUCCUAAGAGUGCACAGGGAGGAAGAAGUGAGAGUAGAAUGCCAGAGAAGGGAUGAGGCUGGGCCAACUUCACGGAGAUCAAGGCUACUGCACUGGAUCAGAAGACGCUGCUGCUGCUGCUGUCCCAGACAUCCUAGAAACACAGUGGAAGAAGAGCAGGACAUUUUAUAAGCACAGGGGGAAUCUCCUCAUCCACCAGCAGUGUGCAGCAUCCACCUGGACGACGCAACGGCAGCCAUAUUACGCCAGACCACACACAGAGUGAUGAAGCCAAUUAUGAUAUGGGGAUGGUUAGGAGGCCAUGACGGACAGAGGCCAGUGGGCAAAUUUGACCAGAAUGCCAGGGUUAAACCCUUACUCUUUUGGAAGGACAUCCUGGGUUCCAGGGUUCCUUUAAUGUCUCAUCCGAAAGAUGACACUCACUGAGCAGUAUAGAGUUCCCACCAAUAUACUGGGAGGUUAGGACCCACACAGACCGCAGGUUGAGCACCCUCUGCUGGCCUCACUAACACCACUUCUGACAGCAACCUAGCUUUCCCAUGUGGUCUCCCAUCCAGGUGCUUAGCUUCAGUGGGCGACCAUGUGAGAGUUGCAGAGCUAGCUGCUGGCUUAUAGUAUCAUACAAUAUACAAUAAUACUUUUUUUACCGUGAUUUACAAGAAGACACAAGUUAAAAUGUGAUUUUUAUACCAAACAAUCUUGUCAGUUAUGUUUUCAUCAAAAAAUAUUUGCUUUCAUGCUUUUUUUAAACUUUUUUAUUGUCACUGUUUUAUUUUUCUAUUUAUUGUCAAUAAAUGUUUAAUAUUUUAAAUUAUAUAAUAAUUAUGAUCACCUUAUUCCUUAAUAUAUUUAAUAAGCACAACUCAAAAUACACAAUAAAUGUUUUUGCAUAAAUAUACAUGGUAUGCUGAAUGAUGAUGGAACACUUUCACCAAAUGUCAUUUUAUUUUUACAAAAGUUAUUUGAAACUUUACAGUAGACAUUUUCUUUUCAUUUUAAAUGUUUUCUAUGUACUUUAUGUAAAUUUUUCACAUUUUAUUUAGAUGCAGACACCAACAUGGUUUCCUUUUUGACCCACAAACAGUACACUUGUUUUAAUUAGCAUAAUAUAUGCAGUAUGUGUAUGCUUGUGUACAUAUGCUGUUUCAUCCAUUGUAUCUGUGAUACACUUAAAGGAUAUUAUUAACUCUCAUGAUAAAAUAAAGGAACUAAGUGUUGGGCUCUCUUAAAUGACAACUCUGGAAAGGACAGCAGUUAUUAGUGAAAAAGCAAAGCUCACCUGUAAUGUUCAAUAGUAAAUGCACAUUCCUUUGAGGACUGAGAAGAGCACAGAUGGAUGCGAGGAUGAACAUCCUUAUCUGAUGACUGCACUGACAUGAGUGCUUGGGAUUGUUUUUGUUGCAUCCACAGUCUUGCAGCUGUGCAUUACAGGAGUUUUGCAGAUGUGCCCUGUAUUCGAAUACAAAGCUGCUGUCAGUGAUGAACUUCAUAAGGAUUCACAGCAUGCAAGAGUCUUCAGUGAACUACACUGGCAGGGUAUUUACAGAGGCCAUUUAAUUACCGGCAGGACAAAAAGACAGCCUUGUGAAUUUGAACUCAGUUAAACUAUUAGGCAAUGGAUUUCUAGAUAAAAACACCAUCAGUGUGUCUAUUAAGAGGAUCAAACACUCAUCAGUUCCAAAACAAUUCUAUUGUAAUUUAGUAAGUGUUUCUCAGAGUGUACGCAAACACACAGAUACAAUCAUAAUGUAUUAUUUUCAGUAUACCGGCUUGGAUUUGUCUCACACAAACAGUAUAUUAUAUGCUAUGUAUUACUUUGGUCAAAAUAAACAUGAAUCUGAAUUCA